UUUCAUUCGAUUGCAUAAACUGUGCGGGUUUCCGCAUUGUGCUUUAGAUUUAAACUGAUCUGGCGUAAUAAAACAACAUGGCUUUGAAGGUCGCUUUCCUUGCAAUUGUUAUAUUGUGUCUCAUCAUAAAUGGAAGCUUCUUGAAUUGUGGAGCACAGACCAUCGGAACAGACAACGUACCUGGAACACCGAUGGCGACGCCAGCCGCCCCAGCAGGCGAGGUGCCGGGAGCGCCGGACUCCUCAGCAGGCGAGGCGCCGGGAGCGCCGGCCUCCCCAGCAGGCGAGGCGCCGGGAGGUGCGGCCUCCCCAGCAGGCGAGGCGCCGGGAGGUGCGGCCUCCCCAGCAGGCGAGGCGCCGGGAGCGCCGGCCUCCCCAGCAGGCAAGGCGCCGGGAGGUGCGGCCUCCCCAGCAGGCGAGGCGCCGGGAGCGCCGGCCUCCCCAGCAGGCAAGGCGCCGGGAGGUGCGGCCUCCCCAGCAGGCAAGGCGCCGGCCUCUCCAGCAGGCAAGGCGCCCGGAGGUGCGGCCUCCCCAGCAGGCAAGGCGCCGGCCUCUCCAGCAGGCAAGGCGCUGGGAGGUGCGGCCUCCCCAGCAGGCAAGGCGCCGGGAGCACCGGCCUCCCCAGCAGGCAAGGCGCCGGCCUCCCCAGCAGGCGAGGCGCCGGGAGGUGCAGCCUCCCCAGCAGGCGAGGCGCCGGGAAGUGCGGCCUCUCCAGCAGGCGAGGUGCCGGGAGCGCCGGACUCCUCAGCAGGCGAGGCGCCGGGAGCGCCGGCCUCCCCAGGAGGCGAGGCGUCGGGAGGUGCGGCCUCCCCAGCAGGCGAGGCGCCGGCCUCUCUAGCAGGCAAGGCGCCGGGAGCGCCGGCCUCCCCAGCAGGCGAGGCGCCGGGGGGUGCAGCCUCCCCAGCAGGCGUGGCGCCGGGAGGUGCGGCCUCCCCAGCAGGCGAGGCGCCGGGAGGUGCGGCCUCCCCAGCAGGCGAGGCGCCGGGAGGUGCGGCCUCCCCAGCAGGCGAGGCGCCGGGAGGUGCGGCCUCCCCAGCAGGCGAGGCGCCGGGAGGUGCGGACUCCUCAGCAGGCGAGGCGCCGGGAGCGCCGGCCUCCCCAGGAGGCGAGGCGCCGGGAGGUGCGGCCUCCCCAGCAGGUGAGGCGCCAGCCUCUCCAGCAGGCAAGGCGCCGGGAGCGCCGGCCUCCCCAGCAGGCGAGGCGCCGGGGCGUGCAGCCUCCUCAGCAGGCGAGGCGCCGGGAGGUGCGGCCUCCCCAGCAGGCGAGGCGCCGGGAGGUGCGGCCUCCCCAGCAGGCGAGGCGCCGGGAGCGCCGGCCUCCCCAGCAGGCGAGGCGCCGGGAGCGCCGGCCUCCCCAGCAGGCAAGGCGCCGGGAGGUGCGGCCUCCCCAGCAGGCGAGGCGCCGGCCUCCCCAGCAGGCAAGGCACCGGGAGGUGCGGCCUCCCCAGCAGGCGAGGCGCCGGGAGGUGCGGCCUCCCCAGCAAGCGAGGCGCCGGGAGGUGCGGCCUCCCCAGCAGGCGAGGCGCCGGGAGCGCCGGCCUCCCCAGCAGGCGAGGCGCCGGGAGGUGCGGCCUCCCCAGCAGGCGAGGCGCCGGGAGGUGCGGCCUCCCCAGCAGGCGAGGUGCCGGGAGCGCCGGACUCCUCAGCAGGCGAGGCGCCGGGAGCGCCGGCCUCCCCAGCAGGCGAGGCGCAGGGAGGUGCAAUCUCCCCAGCAGGCGAGGCGCCGGGUGCGCCGGCCUCCCCAGCAGGCGAGGCGCCGGGAGGUGCGGCCUCCCCAGCAGGCGAGGUGCCGGGAGGUGCGGCCUCCCCAGAAGGCGAGGCGCCGGGAGGUGCGGCCUCCCCAGCAGGCGAGGCGCCGGGAGGUGCGGCCUCCCCAGCAGGCGAGGCGCCGGGAGGUGCGGCCUCCCCAGCAGGCGAGGCGCGAACUGUACAAUCAGGAGAAGUCUUUGAACAUCACUUCAUAAUUUAUCUACUAACUGGCUCAUUGCUUCUCGCAGUGGUGUAUAUCCUCUACUACAGCAAAAAUAAGAUCACUGUCCUGUGUCAGAAAAAUGGGUCCAGAAGAACUAGACGUCCAAAUGUAUCUGAAUAUCAGCGGCUUGAUCAGAAUUUAAGUGAAAUAAUCAUCAGUCUGAAAAAGAGAAACCUUGAUUAAGACAAAGUUUUUUUUUAAUGAGGUUUACAGCAUAUAAUCAAAAAGCUCUGGAGCGACAAACGCUUGAAAAACUCAAAUGUGAAAAAGUAGCUGAAGCUGUAAAAAUAAAUCUUUCCCACAAGCCAAAAUGGGAAGGAGAUCCCCUCUUGGAAGGUUUCAGACCACUUGCAGCUUUGCUUACUAGUACACCAGAUAGUAGAAGUCCAUGUUAACACUGUCCAAGAACAGAAGUUACUCUUUAUCCUUUACUUUAAAAAAUCAUUUAUUUUACUUCAGAAUCUCCUUGCACAAAACUGCCUCAAAUGUAUUGUAAAAUUUUAGUUGAGUUGUAGUUUGUAUGCAGAGUUGAUCUAUUUAGUACAUGCAUUUAUAAAAUUGAGUGGUUCUUUAAGAUAAUUCAGUUCUAUUUGCAGACAAUGUAUUUUUUUAGAAUAAUUAAAAUAAGCUUGAUGUCCAAA